UAUUCGGCUAGCGCGGCUCCUGUUGCUCGAGUAGGGAAUCUGGCCGUACGGCAACUGUCGCGCAAAUCAUCCAGCACCCCUCCAAUUUAACAAGAUGACGACUACUUUCAAGCAUGCGGAUCUAGGCGAGCUAAAAGGCAAUGUUGUGGAUGGGACAGCGCAAUUCUUGGGGCUCAAGUACGCCUCCUUGGAGAAUCGCUUUGCCGCGCCUCAGCUCGUGACCACUUAUGGGUCGGGGGCCGUUGACGCAUCCAAAUACGGUCCUCCGCCCGUCUCCCCGGUCGGCGCAAUCAAACGAGAGUUUGGCUUCAUUCAGCAUGAGCUACCUCUACCGGAAGUUCCCACCCAUUCGGAUACGGAAGGCCUCAAUCUGAACAUCACCGUGCCAUUGGGGAGAGAUGGAGGUAUCAAUGCAAACUCGAAACUGCCGGUAUACGUCUUCAUCCACGGCGGAGGUUUCGCCGUCGGUUCGAGCUGGUACCCGCAUUACAACCCCGCUGCGUUAGUCAAGCUUUCUGCCGAGAAGGGGAGACCCAUGAUUGGCAUCACCAUCAACUACCGUCUCGGUGUCACUGGUUUUAUGACAUCUGAAGAACUCCGCAAGGCAGGCUAUAAGGCUAACAAUGGUUUCCACGACCAGCGCGCCGCCCUCCAAUGGGUUAAGAAGUUCAUCGGUGGAUUUGGAGGAAAUGCGGACGAAAUUACAACAGUCGGCGAGAGCGCCGGUGGCAUGUCCGUUACGAUGUUCCUUCUCUCCAGGGAGCCGCUCAUGAAGAGAUGUCUCAGCACUGGAGGGGCAGUCCUCCUAUUCAAGCCAAUCCCAGAAUUCGUAGCCGAAUCGGCAUACCAGAAGGUUGUUGAAGCCUUCGGGCUGGCCGAUAAAACGCCCGAAGAACGAAUCAAAGCACUCGUCAGCAUGCCCGUCGAUGAUCUUUGGCAGAAGGUCCCGUUGGGCACGCCGCUCCUGCCCUCCAUAGACGGCGAGACUGUCCCGGGUGAGCCAAGCUUCCUCACCGUCUCGUCAAAGGAAGAUCACCCCGAUUUUUCGAUCCCAGGGCGGAAGUGGUGCGCUGCACUGAUGAUAGGAGAGUCUAAGCUUGACGCAAAUAUUCUCGCAUAUAUGGGGAUCGACGGGAGAAACCCUGGCAUUGCCUCCAAGUUCAUUGAGUCUAUCACUACGACACUGGCAGAACACCCAGAAGCCGCGAAGUAUUUGCUUUCGUCGUACGACAUCACGCCUUCUACACCCGAUGACGAGGCGAUCCUGACCAUCCUACGAUUCGCGACGGAAAUUAGCUUCUAUGCGCCUGCGCGUGCUUUCGCACAAGGCUGGCCGCAAACGAAAGAGCACAAGUUCUUCCUCUACCACUUCAACGAAGGUAUUCCAUGGGAGGGCAGAUUCAAAGGCGAAGCAGGCCACAUUCUCGACGUCGCAUACCUUUUCCAGAACUACAACGAGCACUUAAGCGACGACCAGAAAGCGGUCUCCAGGGCAUACGCCGAGGACUUCAUUGAGUUCGUCAACGGAAAUGACCCGUGGCCGCCCGUGGAAGGGGGCAAGAUGGGUGCGAGGGUCUACGGCCCAAGUAGCGAAGGUGUUACGGCCAAGUACGUUGCGUCGGGCAAUCCGGAAGAAGUAGGGCGGCGAGAGCAUGUUCUCAAGCUUGGUGAGAUGGCGGGAUUCGACAACAUAUUGCAGGCCUUCCAAAACUUCUUUCAGGGUCGGUGAUCCUUCUCCAUAGCAAACAUUCUGGCGUUGAGCCCUUGAAGUCAUUUCACAAAUGAACUG